UGUCAGGCUAUAUUGAUAGCAAUGUAGCUAAUUUCUAGUUAUUGAGCCUAUAUUGUUUACUCGGCAGCACUGUACGUAUUGCUUUAACGUGCACGUGAUGUUAAAUAAACACUAUUUUAUUUGCGAUCCGUAUGUUAUUAGGUUCAGGAGUGUUAGUACAUGUCAUGUAUAUAAUUAUAGGCUUCUAUCAAUGUGGGCACAGACGUAAAACCACGGUCACCGGAGAAAUUCUGCUUGUCUGGUCCUGCAUCGACUUAUAUUAUCAUGAUAAGUGAUACCUUACUUCAACGUGGCAGACUGGUUCUUAAAAGGACUUGGAGGGCACCGAAUUAACAGAAAUAUAUAAUGCAUAUAGUAUUAUGUCUUCGAAUCAUAGUGCACGCAACUCACUGACAACUACAAUGUAUAAUAUUUCGCUGCCACAUGAUGCGUGAAAUGCAUUGUGUACUUACUUAAAUAUUUACCUCCACGUAAAAGGACAUAUAUCAGAUUCUAUUGAACAUUUUCGACUCUCAAUCUGACGAAGCCACACCUCCUAUUCACAGCACCAACGAUUCAUGACUAUUUUGUGAUGAUAUUUCUAUAUUUAGAGCAAUAGUAUACGACCGGUGGUGGACUAUUCCCCAGUAACGUGCAUGUGUUAUAUCAGUUGAAUGGCAUGACAAGCCGGUGGUAUAUUAUAUUAUCGGAAUAUACUAUUUGUGAUCAUCAUACUGUAAGGUAUGCUCAUGGGACCAUCCGUAAAAACAGUGGAUAGCAAAGUGUUAUGCUGACGUGCCGGUGCAUAUAUAUUGUUCAAAUAUUGAUCAGGAUAUAUCUGUGUUAUUCUGUUAUACUGCUCAUCGGUUAAACCAAUGUAAUACCAUAAUAUGCUACUGACAAGCCCGUGAUAUUGUUCACGUUCACCAUUCACAUUAUGACAUAUUUUAUGAUCGCCGAAUUUGUAUAGCAGUAGAGAGGAUAAAGGUUCUUGAUAUACCCUCGUACAUUGAUUGAUCGUGUACAUUGGAUAAGUGCUUUAAAGCAGGACUCUUUACUAAGGACCAUGGAUCCAGUAUCUAUCAGAGGGAGGGACGGACGGAGCGUGACAGACGGCAGAAGACCCAAUGAAUGGAACGGCUACCAGUGGAAUAUAUCUCUAGACGAGAUAUUCGACUGUGACGCUGCGCCAGAAUGCUGUCAGACCUGCUACUACAAAAACAAACGAAUGAGUAAAAAGAAAAAGUCUCUCAUCGUCUUCCUCCUCUUCGCCAUCUCCAUCCUCCUCACAGCCCUGGUCGUCAGAUACUCCCUCGGAACCAUCGACAUCAUCGUCGGAAUCGGCGACCAGCGGCCGAUCAUCAGUCAGGAUACGAACUUCUCACCGCUACUGUGUUCCAGAUUCAGUAUGAUCAACAUUCCCAUGCAGCAGAAUCCAGUAACGCUGUCAUCGUCGUCAUCCUCAUCGUUGUCGUCAUCAAAUACACAGCAAAUUGGCACAGCGACGUCAAACUCUGAUGAACCAAACAAUAAUCAUCUGUUUGAUGCAUAUAUGCUUUUAGAUACACCCUAUCGCAGCUAUCAAACAAGUUCUUAUACUGUCCAUGAAACGAUGAUGUUUCCCACCGAUGAUUAUUUCAAUUACUGGGCUGCACAUUUUGACUCGGGGUCUGAAGUAACGAUAAGUCUUUGCCCCGACUCAGACGUCGAACUACACGUAAUGCAAGGGAAGAGCGCCUUGGAUAAAGUCCUUAAAAGUCAUGAAGUCCAUGGCUCCCUAAUUCAUGUCUUUGUGCCUUGUUCUUCAUUCUCUACUAAGUCCAGUUAUCAUUUUUCUGUCAGCUCGCUUUCUGACGACUACGCCUUCAUUUUUACUCUUGCUGACCCAUGGACAUCAACCCCGACAUCAACUAGGUCGAAUAAUUCUACCCUUGUUACGUUUUCCUUUAGACGUAAAGAGCUUAUCUUCGAUGAGGCUGCCUUAUACACGAGCUGUGAAGAUGUAGACCAUUGCUCGCUCCCCGUCCCGAAUAAAGCCAGGUCGGUCAUGAUCGAGAUGAAACAAAACGCGACAGCGUGGCCGAUGACGAUUCGAACCGAGUGCGUCCCGUCGAUCGGAAUGUACUUUGCCUUUUUCCUUGGUAUUCCCGCCGGUAUCAUCGUCGUCCUCGGUGCUUGCGGAGGAGUUCUCUACCUGUGCCAGAAAUCUGUCAUGGACGAUAUCGAAAGGGCUGAAUGCCCACGACGACCACAAACAUCGGUCAAUCGUUCGUCAUCCUCAUCGUCACCGAAUACCGUUUCGACCAAUGGUGCUUCCUCGGGAUCGAUGGCGAGAAUUACAGCGACUCGACGAGCGUUCAGGACGACGAUGUCGGCGAGGGCGCCUUUGGUCGAUCACGAUGUGUUGUCGGCAAUGGCCGAGGUUAAUAGACAGUAUGAUCUCCCUCCGACUUACAACGAAGUCGAACACGUAUCGUCACCAGUCGAUGAACGACCUCCUCCUUCUUUUGAGGCAUCGCAGAACCUACAAGACGUCGAUCCUCCUUCUUUUGAGGCAACGCAGAACCUACAAGACGACGAUCCUCCGUCGUAUGAAAGCAUUAUGACAUGAUCACCAACAUAAUGUACUCUCUCUUCCUGUCUUUUUGUUGUAUCCCACUCUCUUUUCUUGUAGCUCCCUCUCUCUCUGUGUCUCUUCCUAUCC